AUGCAAUUCAACUUUUACUUAUCAAAAUACAUGACAGUUAAUGAAAAUGGAAUAGCUAUUAUAAAUGGGAACUAAAAGCGUAAUCCUUAACUUGAUGAUGUUAUUACAAUUAUGGGUGAAUCUUCUGCAUUGGUAAUCAACUACUAUUUAAAUUAGGCAUAAAAUUUAAAAUAAGUGAUAACAAGUCCAAUGAGAUUCUUUUAGACUGAUUAAAAGAUGUAUAUUAAAAUAGAAGGAAAAGUAAUUAAAUAUAUAUAUCUAGAAUUGUUUAGGAAUUCUAAAAAUAGGAAGAAAAAACUUAUUUCAUAGAGAUUUAAAUGGAAUUAUUAAAGAGAUUUAACCAUUAUGUGUUCUAGAUUUUUAUGUACAUGAAUCAGUUCAAAGAAAAGGCAUAGGUAAAGAUCUUUUCGAAGAAAUGCUAAGAAUUGAAAUAUUAAAACCUGAAAAAUUAGCUUAUGAUCGACCAUCUCCAAAAUUAUUGGGUUUUUUGAAGAAGUACUACAAUUUAUAAACUUAUAUCCCUCAAAAUAAUAAUUAUGUUAUCUAUUCACAAUAUUUUGAUUAUAAAUAGACAAAUGUUUAAUAAGAGUAAAUUACACAAUAAAUCCAUUAAUAACAGUAAAACCCUUAAUUAGUUAAUUAGUAAACUCAAUAACAAAGAGUUUAACCAUAAUAAACACCUUUAAAGAUGGAAUAAUUAGAUUAGAUGAUGCAAUAAAUGUCUUUGGAAUCAAAAUAAUAAUAUUUAUAAUAUUAAAAAAGCAAAGCUCAAGCACCUUGGGCAACUGAUUAAAAAUAAUAUUAAAAUGUAAUUAUUAACAAUUAAGUUUAGAUGUAUUAAACAACAACUGGACUAAUGUCAGCUUAAAUACAUAAGAGAUGA